UUUCCCGCCGCCUCAUUUCUACCCCUUCGUAACAGCGCCGCCGCCGGGCCGACUGUUGUCUGGGCGGUGUGGUAUCGCGUUCCCUCAUCUCCCUUCCUUUCGAUCAAGUCGAGGACGGCUGUGCGUGCCACACGGACGGAUCCUGCGGAAGAGAACAAAAAGGAUUCAGCAGCCGGGAGGGCGGGGAUCGCGGGCGUCUCUGCUACUUGACCUAGAGAGGGGAGCUUGCCUUGCCGGGCGUGAAAAGAGCGAGGGGACCAAAUAAGGGAGAGAGUACUCGGAAAGGAUGUCGGCGAGCCAGCGCUGCCGGACGAUCCAGCGUGGCGCAAGUUGCUUGUCUUGCACCGCCGCCGCCGCUCGGCUGCCUGUUGCUCUGGGAGCGCCCCUCGGUACCCUCGGCGUGCGAGGAGACGACAUGCGCUGAACGCAGCGCUGGCGCGGUAAAAGCGGAGAAAGUGGCGGCGGUUGAUCUGGCCCCUCGCCGACUUGCGCCAGAACGGCCGCAGCCUCCGUCGACCCACGGAAAUCGCGCGCGGGAAAUAUGCGCUCUUCGCUGCUGACUUCGCCGGCGACGUCGGAUGGAUCCGUGGCGGAGUAGGGACGUGUCCGCUGUUCCGGGACGCCUCGAACGCGACAGGUGGUGUUGUUCAGCUAGCAUCCGCAGCCAGUUUGCUGUCACGUGAGCCAGCCGACGAAAAGAGAUAAAAACGACGCCGAUAUCGACGGCCGUGCGAUCGGCGACUCCCGUUUACGACUGUGGAUGAUGGUGGUGACGAUGGACGUUGUUACGACGACGCCCACGACUGUGGCGCGCGGUCGUGAUGCGGCUCCUGGGAGUGAUGAGGCGCCUGUGAUGGCGUGCCUUGUUAGAUGUUGGAGGCGCUUCAAAGUGGCGGUGCGGUCUCAGGCACUGAUGGUCGCAUGGAUAGGCGCUGUCACGGCCAUAUUUUUCGCCACUUACUGCACGUACAAAUACGAAGAGAAGCACUUCUAUUUACGCCAAAUACUCGGGGUAGGCCUCUGCUUGUCCCGAGCGACAGCGGCAGUGAUCAACUUCAGUUGCUUCAUGGUGCUCAUUCCAAUGUGCAGGACACUGCUUCAGAUUAUCAGUUCCUGGUUACCCCCGAAAUUUCACGGGUGUGUGCGGGUAUGUGUGGACCAAGGUGUCGGGCUGCACGUCCUGUUUGCCGCAACCAUCAUCAUCACUUCAAUUGUCCAUUCUUUGGCGCACCUUGUUAACGCGUGCAACUUUUCUUCUUACUACUCGCACGACUAUGUGGAAAUCAACAUGGCCAGGUAUCCCGGAGAGGAUCCGCUUCUGAUGAUACUCAGGACAGUUCCAGGUUGGACUGGUCUCGCAAUGGUGUGCCUUCUUCUCUUUCUUUCCGUGGCUUCGCUCAAGUGCGUCAGGAGAUCGUGCUAUGAUCUGUUUUGGUACUCUCAUCAUCUUUUAUUGCUGUUCCUGGUGUUAGCAAUAUUUCAUCCUCUCAGCGGAGUCCUUAAGGAACAAGUUAACAUCGAGGAGCACGUUCCUGGUUGCCAGUUUAUGAACACCAGCAGGAGGGACGAGAUCCCUUAUCCAGAGCCGCGGCCGGACGUUGGUGUCUGCUUUGCACCGCCUAUUUUCAUUUCCCAGAAGAGUGAGACGUGGAAGUGGAUCCUGGCGGCCUUUGCGCUCUUCGGCCUGGACGCCUGUUGCCGGCUCUACAGGCGACGCUCGGCCGCGAAGCUCGAAGCAGUCCAGCUUCACGGCGCACCUGCAGGUUUCAAGGCCGAUGCGGGGACGCCUGAUGCGGCUCGGGUUCUCCCGGCCCCUUUCCUCCCCCCGGCGAUGACCCGUACCGAGACUCAGUCGUGGAACUGCGACUCGCCAAGAAGGGGAUGCUCGCCAGGCCGGGACAGUAUGUGCUACUCAACUGCCCGAAGAUAUCGCUGUUGGAGUGGCAUCCAUUCACAGUAACAUCGUGUUCUAAAGGUGGGGACAACACAUUCACGCUACACUUGACUACGAACGGCGACUGGACAGGUGUGCUGCGAACAAAGCUCGUCGCUCCGAAAGCUUCCAAAAAAAGCGACAAGCCAGCCU